AUGACCAUCACAACGCUACAAGUCAAUGCCUUCCUUAGCCGGGUAUCCGGGCAAGAAGGCGGUGUCCGAGGACACAUGAAGCGUGGCGAUAAUGGAGAGGCUGGGAAAAGAAAUGUCUUCUUCGUAGAGGUUCGCCUGUACAGCUUAGGCAUUCUUCAGAGACAAGUCAUAGCUAUCGUCGAGCCCACGGACAAGGCCAUAUGCUCAGCCUCGCAAGUGUUGUUACCUGAUGGCAUGUGGCGCUGA